CCCCCCCCCCCUCCCCGCCCGGCCCUUAAUGAAUGUGGACUGCUCCUUCAGGUGUGAGAAGGUGAACUCUCUGACCCUGUACCCCUGGAUCCACCAGUUUAGCAACAACAAGAAAUCCUCCGACCAAACCCGACCAAUCAUCUUCCCCGACAUCAACCCCCAGAGCUUACCGCUGGACGCAGACUUCUCCAUGGUGGCCGGAGACUUCGUGGAGGUCUACCGGGACUCGGAUUCCUGGGACUGCGUGGCGACCUGCUUCUUCAUCGACACGGCUCACAACGUUAUCGAGUACGUGGAGACGAUCUGGAAGAUUCUUAAACCUGGAGGAGUCUGGAUCAAUCUGGGUGAGUCAGGUAGAAACAAGCUGUAAUGUUACCCUACAGGACAGAUGUUCAUCAUCAGGUAGAAACAAGCUGUAAUGUUACC